UUUUUUCUGUUUUUUUUUGCAUUGAUAUACUCUCAAUUAUUUGUAAAACACACAUAUUAUUUUAAAUUAUAAUGACUUUUUAAGAUUGAUUUAUUUCUAUUUGAUUGCCGAUUUGUGAAUACCGUAGAAAUGUAAAAAAUUUGUAAUAAACUUUGAACGCACAUAUUUCAUUUUAAUUAAAAUCAUAAAUUUAUUCUACAGUUUUCAUUCAUGCAUACAAGUUUGUUUAUAUUUUGAUAAAAUCAUUUUUUCUAUCAUUUAUAUGUAUAAAGAGGCGUCUCUCAACUAUCGUACGGUUUUAAUAUCGUAUUCUGAUAAAAUAAAAUAAAAUGGAAUAAAAAAUUCUGAUAUAAAAAUAUCAAUGCUACAAUAGUUUUUUAAUUAUAAUCGAUCAAAGAUAACCAGCUUUUUUUUAAUUUAUCUCGUAUUUUUGGUAUGCUUAGAAUGUUUUUCCCUCAUUUUUUUACACUAAUAAAUUACAUAAAUAUACUGUGUAAUAAAAUCGUUUAAUGUUAUGCUUGACUCUUAACACUAGAACCGCGGCUGCGGUCAAAAUCACCGUUUCAAUCGUAGUUACAUAAACGAUAAAAUAAAGGCAAUUUAUUAUUUUUAAAUGUCCGCUUAAUACCUGAGCAUGUAUCUGAUAAUUAUUGUUAAAAUUAUAAUAAAUUAAACGUUAAUUUUUAAUGAACGGUUAACCUCUGCCGCGAUUUUACGUAGAGAUUUUACCGCGAUUCUAGUGAUUACUUUGUUUAAUUAAAUCCACUGAAAAUUAUUCUACUACUCACGUAUGCAAUGUCGAUUAAUGAGUUAAUAAUAUAAAAAGGAUUCGUAACACCAAGGUAAAAAAUGUCCUUGAAUAUAUCUAUAUUAUUACUAUGUGCGCACAAGAUGCGAGUUCAAUCGCAGCUCUUUUAAUACGGUACAUCAGCUCGUACGUGGAAUAACUCACUGAUGAUCAUUAAAGAUACGUCAUUAAACUAUCAUGCGUCAUAUAUGUACGUAUUAUGAUCGUAUAAAUGAUUGCUUCCGAAGCGUAAAAUUCCAGAAAAACAAAUCUGAGUUGACAUUGAAAAAAUAAUACUAUAGAGCAUUGAAAAGGUCAUCACGAUUAUCUGCUAGUUCAGUGGUGAUUGUGAUUUUUCCCAAUGACUCAUGCGCAGCAUUUGACGGGACUUUUUGAUAUUCCACGAUUCUCUGACAAAGAGGAGUCCGUUACAUUUCAGCGAUUCAUAUAUGUAGUUCGAUGAUAGUUAUAUAAUAUUUAAAGUGAUUUAUUGCAAAUGUGAAACGGAAAAUAUUUCUCUUCCUAUUAAUAAGAAAGAUGUGUUCUAAAUAAAAACCUAAAAUUAAUUUGUCCGUUUAAUUGUGAAUAACAUUCUGCAGAUUUUAUCAGCCAUCGUAAGGGCAAUAGACGUAACUACUGGAUAAGUAGAUAUAAGUAGAGCAGGCAAUUAUAUGGUGUACAAUCUCACGUAAUAUAGUAUAACAAAUAAUUUACUAAUUGUAAUGCUUUAACAUUGCAAUUAGUAAGCUAUUAUAAUUUAUAUUAGUUUUGAUAUUAUAAUAGUUCAUAAUUAUCUAAAAAAUUAAUUAAUAAAAACCUGCAAAUAAAUGUGCAUUUGCGUGAUUGUACAAAAGUAAACUAACUAAAAAGGAUAAAAAAUAACGCUAAUUGCAGUUGCCACGACGAGAGCAAUUAGGAAAAGCAAUCGCGAAUGACGCUUUUCAUUAAUCAGCACAAUGGAUAUUUUAUUCUACUAUUUAUUUAGAAUGUAUACAAACUAUAAGAACUAUUUAAUAUUAAAAUAUUUAUAUGGAAACAAAGGCCAUUACAUUAUUUGGAUCAGUUUAUAUUGAAAUAUACGCUUUCUUUGACCUCUAUCAAUCGACAUGCAAACACUCAUUUUAACAGUUUUUGGAUAGCUCGCAUAACAUUAUAUUUGCAUGACUAAAUAUGCGGAAGAAUCUCUCACCUUAACACGCAUACAAUUAAAUCCUAGUUCUGGACUGUUAACCGAUUGCUUCAUCGUUCUUUAUAAAGUGAAUGCGUCGGAGCGGAACAAUUCAGUAAUCCGCUGACGGUGUUGUUCAUCGCUAAGACCCCAUAUGGAAAUUCUGUCUAGGCUGUAAACUGGGCCAGGAUACCUAGACAAGUGAUUCACAAUGUGGACUAUUAUAUUAGUAUUCAUCGGUUUGCUGUGUGCAUUGAUAUCGUCGACGCAUUCUCAAGGUACAUGCCAAAAUCUGCAAGAACAAUUCGGUAUUUGCAUCAAUAUCAAAUCGUGUCCGAUUUUGCUUAAUCUCUUGAAAGAGAACCCUGGAGAUCCACAAGUAGGCAAUUUCCUCCGUGCUUCCGUUUGCAGCUAUCAAGAUAAGGAUCCCUGGGUUUGCUGUCCAUCCAGUGUCAAUAGAGGAAAUAUAAGUACGAACUAUGGCUUGGAAGGCGAUCGAGGUCGUAAAGAAAUCACGAACACACCAUACGGUCCUUUGUACCCGCCUGACUGUGGAUUCAGUAAUGCAACAUUUUCCAGACUCCUCGAUGGCGAGCCAGCCUCGUUAGGUACCUGGCCUUGGAUAACCGCUCUCGGAUACAGAAACUCGAAAAAUCCAAAUGUUCCGAAAUGGCUUUGUGGCGGCGUCUUGAUUUCCAGUCGACACGUGCUUACCGCCGCACAUUGCGUUUAUGAACGAACAGAUUUAUACAAAGUACGCAUUGGUGACUUGGAUCUCAACGACGAUUACGACGGAGCAACCCCGUUUGAGGACUUCAUCGAAAGAAAGACAGUACAUCCCCAGUAUAAUCCCGAGAUUUACACGAACGAUGUAGCAGUUCUGAAAACGUCGCACGAAGUACCCUUUACGUCAAUGGUGCGUCCUAUUUGUCUUCCAGUGGAUGAUUAUUGGAGAUACAGAAAUUUAGAGAAUACCCAUCCUUUGAUUGCUGGAUGGGGAUCUGUUUAUUUUCGUGGACCAUCAAGUAGUCGACUUUUGCAGGCACAAUUUCCUAUACGUACGCAAGAAGAAUGUAAAUAUGCCUAUCGGAACUUGCCGAUGUUGAUUGACGACCGCGUUUUAUGCGCUGGAUAUGCUCGAGGUGGAAAUGAGACAUGUCUGGGUGACACUGGUGGUCCACUAAUGAAUGUUAAUCUUCAAAUUCAACAUACGUUUUACGUUAUUGGAGUAUCAUAUGGUUUCAAGUGCAAUGAAUUAGGUUUUCCAAAUAUAUAUUCAAAGAUUUCAGCUUUCCUAGAUUUCAUCACAAAUCAACUGGUGUAGAUAAUUUUCUCAUAAAGAAAUUGAAGCCUUUCAAUAAUAUUUUAUAUAAAUUUUGGAAAUUAUAUGCUUUUAUUAAAGCAUGAAUAGUCUUGCUUUUGUUUUGUAAAUAAAAUAAAUUACAUUGUUAUAAUAUUAAUUUAUUAUUCACCUGAAGUAAUAAAAUACACUUCAACUAUUUAAUAAAAUACAAGUAGAAAUUUUUCAAAUUAAUC